ACAACGCGCAGCGAUGCGCGUUCUCUUCGUUCUUGAAAAAAUUUUUUUUUCUUCCUUCUUCUUGCCAUUGACAUAUUGCUCUCUUUCACCUUCUGCUCUGGAACGAUGAUGUCGAAACAUUAAGGGGCUGGAGGUUUCAACAUAAAGCAUACGACGCACGCAGUUGCAAAUUUAUAUAUAUAUAUAUAAUAUAUAUUUAUAUAUAUAUAUAAUUUUGGUAAACGCCAGUUUGGUUCUUGGAACUCAUCUGAUUUUACUAAAGCAAUUACAAGGCCUAAAUUUUUCUUUUAUUAUUGUCGCGUUAAAGAGAGAAAGAAAGAAAAAAAUAUAUUACCAAUAGUAAAAGAGGCAUUGCAAAACUGGAAAGAGAUCUUGUUUUAAAUAUUAUUAUAUCUUUGGAAACGUUACAUGAGAAUAAGAAGAGAAAGAAAGUGUGAGUUUUAUUUGAAGUUGGAGAACGCGACCAUAAAAUCACCAAAAUUCAACUGUUUUGGUUGAGAGGGUUUAUUAAACAUUCAUUUUAACCUCUUUUAAGAGGUGAAAGUGUUUUGUUUUCUAACCCAGCUGUUGUUUGUGUCUUUUUUGUUUUGCCUGGUGAAAGUAGAGACAUGGAGAAAUAUCUAGAAAUAACAAAUAACGCUGAAAUUCCAAACAUACAAAAUUCGAUAUGUCCGUUGGAUAUUUCGGAAAAUGAUCGCAGUUCAAGAGAAGAGAAACUGAUUGAGAAUCAAGAGACCAAUAUUAACUACGGACGGGCUAUGGUUAAUUCUGCAACUGUUAAUGAUGGCUUAACACCUUGUAAAAUAAUGAAAAAAGAACCCAAAGACAUAGAUUCUUCGACAGAUCGCCAAUUUAACACUAUAAUCCAUUGGAACUCACAGAAUUUAGAUAACAAUUGUCAUAUUAGUCGCAGCUGUUCUACAGCUAUAGACAUAGGACAGAGUAGUAGUAUUGUUACAACCGUUUGCUCUAUGGCUAGUAACGUUACACCUUGUUAUAAUAAUAAUAAUAAUAAUAAUGUUGCAACUGUCGAGAACGAAAAAAUAAACAUCUGUUCGGGUUCAGCUGUUGAUAUCGAUGGAGUGACUGAUAUUUCUAGGAAGGUUUCCUCGGGCGUGGCACGUAACACAGCGGCUGUCAGACAGAAUCUCUGCAACGACGCCAUAUCCGAGGUGCCGACUUUGAUUCCUUGUUCCAACUCAAACAAGACCACCACCACCAAUAAUAAUAAUAAUAAUAGUAGUAUUAGCAACAAUGACAAUAGUAUUUCUUCAGACACGACCCCAAAGCUCCCAAAACUCAUUUCAAGUCCAAACAAAUCAGAAAUUGUUAACCCAGGACCAACAAUUCCUCUCAUCUCCUUUGACCAGUCUGAGCAAGCUUCUAAUACAACCGAACUCGGAUUGAAUGUCAGCAAGAAUGUCAACCAGAGCAACAGCCUUGUCGGAAAUGGUGCCAAAAUUCCUCAGGGAGGUUUAAACAUCAGCUUGUUGCCCUGUCAGGUUUCCAGCGAUGUCCCCGACCAUCUGCUUAAUACAAUGAGAUUAAAUAAUACUGAGACAGCAUCGACCACCACUUCUCCAGCAUCUGCUUUUGUGCCCCUGUCUUCAUCUAAUUGUGGUUACAGGUCCAUCCACAGAAGGGAUCACACGCCCGUCUCACACCUUUUACCGGCUUCGAAACUUGAUAGCUUGCAAAAAGAAAACAGCCCACUUGGUAUUUUAAAUGGUAUGCAAGGAAUUGUUGCACCAGUUGACCAUCACGCCAGUAGUCAAGAGACAUUUUCUUCAAUUUAUGGUCAACAAUCGGACAAUAAUAUCAUCUUAGUCACGCAAUCUCCACAUCACCUUGAACCACUUAAAGUCUCUCAGACUGGGAACCAAAUAGUCCAUACUCCUAUAUCGAAAGCUAGCCAUGUGAUUUACUGCCACAAUGUUUUAAACAACGGAUUACCAUUACAGCUGAAAACACCAACAAACAGUUUGAAUUUGAACAGCAGCGGAGAAGAGAACAACAGUCCACCUGAAAAUCUGUCCAACUCAGUGACUUCGUUUAAAAGUCCAAAUAAUACUGAAGAUAAUAUGGUAUCUUAUAGCAAAACAGAUCAAACGAAUGCCAAAGAAGAUGACCCAUCACGACAUCAGCAUAAUUUGAAUGAAAGGAAAAGAAGAGCCCGUAUCACCAUUGCCUGUGAUUUAAUGAGACGACUGGUGCCUGGACUGUCAGAUAAAACUGAUAAAGCAACAGUAUUUGAGUAUGCAGCUCGCUACAUCUAUUUCCUUCAAAGUCAUGUUGGAACUGAUUAUGACAGGAACUUUCUGGUGAAAUAUUCUCCGUAUUGAACAGUGAGAGAUAUCUAGUCUAAUACUGAUUCAGACCAGCACUUCUAUUAACAUUUAUCAACAACAAAAAGCUUUCCCAGUCUUAAUAGGUGACUUAAACAGCAAUAAUCUCUUUGGUGUUGUUAAUUCGGUCUCCUAUCGAGUUCUUACAGAAUAGAAUGAUCUACAUAUUCUUGGAUACAGUCUAAGAUCACAGAUGGUGUUACACUGUCAAAAGUAAAUGUAACAGAAAAUAAGAAAAAUAACCAAAAAAACAAAAAACAAAUAAUAAUAAUUAAUUAAUAAUGAUAAGAAGAAAACUAAAAAAAAAACUAAAAAAAAAACAUGCCCUUACAAAAACUGUGGUAUUUAUUUUUUCCAGACAGAAACAAUUCUUUUUUUUUAAAGUUUUACUUUGUUGUAUUUCAAGUUCUAUUUAAUUAUGCAUGUACAAUAAUGCUGCUUUUAUUUAUUCAUUUAUAAUAAUUAGUAGCAAGCCACAGGAUGUAUAUAUGAAAAAAAAGCAAAAAAACCAAAAAAAUAGCUGCAUGUUAAUUUAUUGUUAGAAGCUAUGUUCUGAAUAUUGGUGAAUCACACACAUACACAUACACACACAACAGAAAAUUUGUUUCAUUGAGUCCGUUGUCAAUGAAUGUACUUUAUAAGUCUUAUAUAUUCACUUCAGAGUUAACUCUUUAGAAUUUCUAGCAUUAAUGUCCCAAAUUUGUAAAGGAUCAUUGCAGAUCUUAAAGCACCACUAAGUUAAAAUUAGUUGCAUUCCAAGAUAUUGUAGCAGUCCAGUUGAAGAAUACCGAUACAAACACUCCAGUAUCAUAUAUAUUCAAAAAUUAUAUAAAAUGCUAGACACACUACGAAACCAUAUAAAAUCCAUUACAUACUUAUUUAAUGUACACCUGGUACAUACUGAUUCUGUAAAUGCACAGUGCAUUACUACAUUUACAUAUACAUUUGCUAGCUCCCAUCUAUCUUCCUGUCCCCACUCCUCUCUUUCCCUACCUGGAAUUACAGAGUAAAAAUGGUUCUAUUAAGAACCAUCAUGUUUGUGUCCCAAAAUGAAAUACUUGCUAAAGAUACAGAAUGAUUUAUGUGAAAUUUUCUUUUCUGUCACUUGUUUUCAAAAUAUUGUUGAAUUAUUUAUACAUUUCUCUACCUCUUUGUCUAUUUAUUACUAUUUGACUUCAUUUCAAUCUAAAUGAGAAUAAAAAUAUUUUCCAAAAUAGAAUUUUAUGAAAUUAAAUAAAUUUCUGUUAAAAAUGAAGAACAUAAAUUUCUUGGUAAAUUGUUUGAAAUAACAGGUUGUAUAACUUUUAAU